CACUCCAAAACUCCAUACCAUGGACCUCAAACACUUAAACAAAACCAACAAUAAACCCCAAACCACCGCCGCCACAGCUACCGUAGCUCCUGAGCACCGCCACCGCCAGCACCACCAAGUUGAUGAAAAAUCAUCGCCCCUUAACAUGGCCCUCAUCUCCACCCAGCCCACCAACCCCAACCCAAUCACAACCCCCCAAAUCAAUUCUUCUCUAGCCAUCCCCACCACCGGGUCCAAUCCAAUCAUAGCCCAGACCGUUCCCAAAAGGCCCAGCAAGGACAGGCACACCAAAGUGGACGGCCGUGGCCGCCGCAUCCGAAUGCCGGCGAUGAGCGCCGCCAGGGUGUUUCAGCUGACCAGAGAGUUGGGUCAUAAGUCCGAUGGAGAAACUAUUCAGUGGCUGCUGCAAAAGGCCGAGCCUCAUAUAAUUGGUGCCACUGGGACUGGGACUGUUCCGGCUAAUUUUACAACACAAAGCCCUGUAGUGAAUUCCAGGGGCUCGUCUUUCUCCGUGGCUUCUUCGAUGUCUGCAGCUCCGCAAUAUGGGCCUUUUGGUGUUGCACACAAUGGAGGGUAUUCGCAAAUGUUACAGAAUGUUUUGGUGCCUGAUCAGAUGUCCCGGGGAAUUUCGGGGAUUCGAGAUGAUCGUAGUGGUAGUGGUAAUGAUGAAGGGGGAAUUGAGAAUGAGACUGUGGAUGAUUGUUCAAGAAAAAGAUUUCGAGGGAAUUUGUUUAGUGGUGAUGAACAAGUGUCAGGUGACUCGAGUUCGGCCUCUGAUAAGAGGGUGAAGAGUUGUUUGGAAGAAGCUGGGGGUUCUGAUUUGAGCCAAUGUAAUGGUAUGGUGCCAAUGUGGGCAGUAGCUCCAGCGGCUAGCGCUGGAUCGGGUAACAUGUUCUGGAUGUUUCCUUUCACUGCUAAUGCUGGUGGUGGCAUAGGAGAUGAUGGUGUGUGUGAUAAGGUUCCGAUAAGUCCUUUUACUCCUCCUUCACAUAAUGUGAAGAGAAAUGCUCGACAGCCAGCACCACAUUUUAUGUCAAGGUUUAAUGGCCAGGGUAAUGUUGAAUUGCAAGGCGGAGAUGCAAAUGCGUUGCAACUAGGCUUAAUGUUGGAGCAACAGCAGUCUCAAGAGCAACUUGGGUUUGGAAUGAACGAGACCAAUUUGGGGAUGUUGGCCUCUUUUAGUGCAAGAGGCGGAUUUGAUAUCAAGUCGGAGCAGAAACAGGCCUCGGAACAGCAACAUCAGGAUUCUCAAGCAAGUGAUGGUGGAGAAGAUGAGGCAAACAGUUGUUAGUGUUAAACUUAGUACUUUUGAGUUGCUAACUAUUACAGUUGCUUAUAUCUCUUAUCUCUAUGACUAUGCAUCUAGUGUUGUAAUAUGAAUCAUAUAGUUUUCGUGAAACUUAUAUGAUGAGACACAUUGAUUGCAGAGUUUCAAUCUUGCAGCUUCUGUUUUUUAUGUUCUUGUGGAGAUUUUGAGUUGUAUUGUGAUUGUCAAUUUGGUCGAAAACUAGGACACUGCACUAUAAGUGAUUACAGAAGAUUGUUAUGAGAUGGUGUUUGACUAUUCUUUUGAAAAUUUAAAUAAAAUAAAUUUCAAAGAUAGCCAAAA